AUGGAGAGAGUGUCCCCGCCUUCGAAGAAGAGUAGCAGCAGCAGUCUCAUGGAGUUAAGAAAAGAAUCAUUCGACGCCGCCGUUCUCAAAUCUUCCUCCUCCUCCGGCAAAACCCACAUCGGAGAAGUGAAAAAGUCUUCGUCUUGGAUCAAAUCUCAGUUCCUUGGACGAGGCUCCUACGGUUUGGUCUAUCUAGCCACAAACGACGAAGACAAAACCACGAUCGCGGCGAUAAAAUCUGCAGAAAUCUCAAAAGCAUCAACCCUUAUGUACGAGAAAAGAAUCUUAACCCGUCUUGUAUCUCCUUUCGUCGUUCGCUGUUACGGCGACGAGAUCGCUCGUGAAAAUACUCUGUUCGAUGGCGAGAGAACUAGUUACAAUCUGGUUCUAGAGUAUUGCUCCGGUCAAAGCCUCGCCAAGUUAAUCAAGACUAACGGUGUAUUGUCGGAGAAGAAUGUUAAAGUUUUCGCUAGAGAUAUACUCUAUGGUCUCCACUAUAUCCACGGGCAGAGAAUCAUUCACUGCGACAUUAAACCGGAUAAUAUCUUUUUGACCCCUGUCGUUAACCGGUUAAGUACAAACGUGUAUUUGGCCAAAAUCGGGGAUUUUGGUUUAGCAAUGGAGAAAGGUUCGAUCGAGUACAGGAACGGUUGGGGUCAUAAGAGAGGCACCACCAGCUACAUGGCUCCGGAGCUUAUGAACCAUGGCAUUGUGGAUUAUGGUGUCGACACGUGGGCUUUUGGAUGCACGGUUUUGGAGAUGUUGACCGGCAGAGAUCCUUGGGGAGAAUAUAGUGGUCUUGUUGUUUCUAAAGAUUUACCGAAACUCAUCGGUCAAAGCAAUUUCAUUCCUUACAUACCGGGUUGGAUGUCUUUUAAAGCACAAGAUUUACUGAGAAAAUGCUUGGUUAAGGAGCCUGCUUUGAGGUGCGGGAUCGGUUCACUCAUUAACCAUCCCUUUUUCGAUUUUGAGGUUGAGUAGUUCCAUAAUGGUUUUGUGUAUGACUGA